AUGGCACCCAUCCCAAUCACUGUCUUCACUGGCUUCCUCGGCGCUGGCAAGACCACAGUCAUCCUCUCGCUGCUCCCCAAGCUCCCCAAGGACUACAAGGUCGUGUUGCUCAAGAAUGAGUUCGGCGAUGUCGAGGUGGAUAGCAAGCUUGCGCAAAACUCGUCACUCGCGGCGGUCAGCGAAAUUUUGAAUGGGUGCAUGUGUUGUGUCCUUGUGGGUCAGAUGCAGACCGCGCUGCUGGAAAUACGUGACAAUUAUCAUCCGGACCGAAUCAUUAUCGAGUGCUCGGGCUCGGCUUUUCCUGCGACGCUGGCGUUCCAGAUCCGCCAACUAGAACGUGAUACUGGAGGCGAUUUCGUGCUGGAUUCUAUCGUCACCGUUAUCGAUGCGGAGAACUUUGUGGGAUACGAAGACACCUCGCCUACGGCGAAGAUGCAGGCGAGCUACACUGACAUCAUUCUAAUUAACAAAUGGGAGCACAUCUCGGAGCGCGCUCUGGACAUUGUCAUGGAUCACCUUUAUACCUUGAACGACGAGACUCCAAAAAUCAAAUGCCAGGAGAAGAGCGGCAUCGAUCCGGAACUGGUCUUUGGAGGUCAAUCGAAGCUGUUUCUGGCGGCGGAUAACAGCUCGGAAUUAGGGGCUGUGCACGAUGAAGUGGAAACAAUGACUAUUUAUCGCGAUGGUGCUCUAGAGCACAAGCAUGUGCACGCACAUGAGAACGCGCGAGAAGGUGGACGCGUAGAGACACGGGUUAUAGGGAAAGACACGGUGAUAGAAGCGCUACAUUUGUUGCCUCGGGAGUCGAUCUGGCGCCUAAAGGGGUUUGUGAGGCUGGACGACGGUACAUGGUACAUCGUAAACUGGGCAUUUGGACGCUACGAGUUCACUAUAUACGGAGGCGGCGACAUAGACGGAUCCGUGCGGUUGACGAUAAUGGGUAGUCGAGGGUCAGUGGGAGGGACGGCGAGGCGGGUGGCGCGCGUGUUGGGCAGUAGCGUGCUUACCAUGUUCUCCUACGCUCUCUCAACAGCGAGCACGUACUUCCACCUCCCCAUCGACGAGGAGGAGGACGAGGACAUUGAAAACUACGAGCGCAAAUACCUCACGUGGGUUGCUGAACCCUCUGGCUCUUCCACGAAACGCAACCCCUCGGAGUCCUCAUCCAGACCUUCUAACCAUGACACAGAAGAGAAAGGGGAUGCAGUCGUCGACAUGGUCCUCGCCACAGACGACCUCUACCAGAUUCUCGGCGUAUCCAAGGACGCCACUCUUGACAAAAUGACCUUGCGACGCGCCUACCUUUCACGUAGUAAAGCAUGCCAUCCAGAUAAAUUCCCCGACAACCCCGACGCGACCCAUGCCUUCCAGAAAGUCGCAGUUGCCUACGACGUCCUCAGCAAACCCUCCCUAAAACGACUCUACGACAACCGAACACCCUCUACCAAUUUCGACGUCUUCUCCACGCGACCCAUGGGACAUGCUGAAGAGACUUUCCGAGGCGUCGUCUUAGGCGUCUUCAACGACUUUCUGGAUGGUGAUCUCGAGGUCAUCAGGACUCUCCUAACUGCUAUCAAUGACAUCAAUCCCUCAAUUAGGCUAGGGGACGACGGAAUCAACUCCGUCCUUGUCACACUGCAAGCCAUCCGAGAACGGGCCCUGACCUGUCGGACAUGUAUAUAUGCGCUGCACUCGGAGCUGACGAGACUACUGGAGGUCCAGCACGCCUUCCGCCAGCUCUCGUACUUUGACAUCAUGGGCCGCUCGAGGUUGACGAUCCAGCUGACAAGGAUCACGCUCAGCCUGCCAAUCGCCCUGGAGAAGGCACUGCAGGAGCAGCGUGCGUACGAGUAUGGCCCGGAUGGCGAGCCCAAACCUAUAUUCCCCCGUCAGGUCACUUUCCUGAUUCGUGGUAUCGACGUCGCCCUCGAGAGGAUGGAGAGGAUCUUGAAGUGA